CACGUCUGUCCAGCAACUCGCCAUCGGCAAUCCCCGCACUGUGACGAUAGCCAACCACCUUUGCUAUCUUCAACCCUCCACGCGACCACAGCUCGAAGAAGCCGGCCAUUGCGCGUCCUAGCUGCUUGCCCUUCACCACUCUCGCCCGUGGACCUCGUUUGCUGACACCGCGUGCUCUCGUUUCUUCAAUUCUUCCAUUCCAGCAUUAAUAUGUCUACUUCCACCAUGGCCGGUCCCGAAUCCUCCCCAAUUCACGUCCCCGCCCCAGAAAGCCAGGGACCCAACUACAUCACCUCGCUCGACUGUAAGAUCCUCCAGUACAAAUACUCCAUAAUCAAACUUGAGCUGGUUAUCGACAGCAUCCAGAAACUAAUCUUAAAGUGUACUCCCAAGCCAGAUUCUGUGGAGGAUGCCAAUGCGUCGGAGCCACCGGUUAAGAUUUUCGAUUUUCUUCCGCUAAUCCAUUAUGUCGUGCUUUUGACAGGAAGCUUGUUCUCCAUCAAUGAUAGCGCCUUCCAGGCCAGACUAGAGUUGUUGGCCAGUUUCAAAUUGGUCAAAACCUCCCAGAUAACCAUCUCCACAGCAGUGUCUCAUAUUCCAUACGACCACCAGGAUACAAAUGUUACGCCUUUAUCGGAAAUACCCAAAAUUCCUACGGCAUUAAAGUGCUUGAAGAUCUUGGAAAUAUUGGCCAACACAUGUUUGCAAGGGUACCAGAAAAGAUUUUCCCAGGCUAAAGUAGAAGCCCUGCAUUCCAGAGAGCCACUUCCUCUGAAUUAUUAUGAUAAGCUCGAUUCCUUAAUCAAAAACAGCUUAUUCGACUCCAAAUCUGAUGUGGAUUUGACCUUGAAGGACACUAUUUUCAGCAUUCCAAGAGAUGACCAAUUAUUGCAAAAUGAGAACUUCAUAGAGGCCACUCUUGUUGAUAUGGAUUUCAAGAUGUUGUUUUUAAUUACCAAGAAUUUGCAAGCUAAUUUGGACAGGUUGAGACCAAUGAUUCUUAGAUAUAAGACGAUCAAGACCAACAUUCGGAGCUUACCUGAUCACAAGUAUUCCCUUCACAAGAUAUUCUUGUUAACCCUAAGGUUGAAUGACUUGUAUUCUAUCUUUAGGAAAUUUGGCAGAAAGAUUUACUUAUCAAAUUACCAACAUUUGACAGACCAAAAAUUGUUGUUUCAAUCUUCCAAUCUGGUAUAUUUCAAACUGAACAUUUUGAACAGCAUGGAAGAUAUUUUUAAUUCAGCAAAGAAAAAUGGAACCGUCAUCGCUAAUUUAACAAGAUUUAUUCGUCCCAGUGCUAGAUUUGAAGUGACUCUCAAAACAAUUAAUGAUUUCAGCAAUUUUGCAAGUCAAACGUGUACUAUACUUGAGUCUAAUAUUCAGAAGUUUGAGGAGUUUGGAAUGAGUUGGAUUACUGCCGAGUUGCGUUUUAGAAAAGUCUAUCAACUACCAAGGAAAAAUUUGGUGGAUAUUUACCAGAGUCUCCAAGAGGUGAAAUCCAAUGACCAACCUCCUGCAAUUAGUGUUGCCAGUGCAAGUAGUCCAGCUGUCUCUGUCUCUCCGAAGGUCACGGAAGCAUUUCCUUCGGUGAAUAAUUCUACAAAAGGUAUUGAGAAAAAGUUGAAAAAAUUGGACUUUAGUGAUUCCCCUCAACACUCUACCAGACCUUCUCGUUCGUCAUCUGUUUCAAGUGUCAACAGUAAUAAUUCCAUAUCGUUGGGAAGACGUGGGUCGCUUAGUUCCCCCAAGAGAAAUUCAUUGAUCAUACCUCCGACUUCAAACUCGAGUUUGAAAGUGUCUCCCACUCGUCCCAGACCUAAUUCGAUGCUUUUCUUGAACUCGAACAACUCAUUAUCGAACCUUGAUACUGAAAAAACUGAAAAAGUGGAUUCGCCAGUUGGUCGUCGUCGGUCCAACUCACAACCCACUGUUAGUGAUGCGGCAUCCGGUGCAGCUUCUGCAUUGAACAAUAGUUUUGGAAAUUCGAAAGCAGCAGUUAAAAGGUCUCCAUCGCUAACAAGGAAAACGGCUCCGGUUCCUACUCCAGCUGAGAAACCACCUACUUCUUCAAGUAAAGUUCAGAAUCAAUUAUUGGCCGUGGCCGAGGAAGAUUCGGAUGAGAAAGUAAAGGCCGUCAGCAGAAUGAGUGCCAAUCAAAGAUUGCAACAGCAUCUUCGUAAGGCAGCCAGGACGGGUUCGUUGAUGACACAGGAGAAAGAGCAGUUCACAUCUGUGACUUUUGACCCUAACAACCCCAGUGCUACUAACUUGAGAAGACCUACAGAACAUUCAUCUUUAGAUGAAGAAAUUCCUGCUACUUCUCCAGCUCCAGUGAAGUCGGGUGUUCCCAUUCCUACUGGUAGUACACUGGUUCCAACGGUCCCUCUAACCAAAAUUGGACCUAGCAGAGACCAGGUCACACGAAGAAAUACUAAGCGCAAUAGCGUAUCAUCUCCUAUAUCGGACAUAUCACCAAAUCAGUCUACAUAUGCCUCGUCCGCUUCUUCCACCAACUCCAGUGGAGUUACCAAGAAGGUGCGUUUCACCGGUGUGGCAGAGUAUACCGAGGCCGAAGAUGCUCCUUCCAAGUACUCCAAUAGAAUUCUCAAGAACUUUGCGGUUUUCAGAAGUCCGACUAUUAAUUAUGCUUUCAAAAAGAAGGACCAAAUUCUCAAGCGGGAGGAGAGUAUUUCAUUUAGACACCAUUUGGAGUACGAGGGGGAAGAUCCCAACCUGGCCACAGCUACAGCUUCAGUACCGGUGAACCGGUUCACAAAGAUAAAGAGCAAGUUGUUGUAAUGACAGCAGAGAAUAUGCACAAUUAAACGCAACUGAGGUGCGAGUAUAGUAGUUAGAGUAAACAGAUAUUACUCUAGAGUGUUUGAAUAAGCCUGCUAACGGUGGCCUUUUUCGUUGAUGCGUACACUCCAGUACUAACUUCUAUUCUAGCAUAAUUCACUUUUCAGUUGGUCAACCUAAUAUAAUAUACA